AUGGGCAAGAAGGGGAAACGAACAAAUCGGAAAGGAAAACAACGUAAACAGCACGCUAAACAUUAUCGAGCUGCACUCGAUUACUUAUUCGAGAACGAAACGUCAAGUGAUGAAGAGAUCUCUGCCUGUUCAGCCCGAGCUAUAAACUGUUUCGCAUGCCUCAACCCCAAACAGUCCUCUAGUACGUUUAUUUUUAGUUGUUGA